AUGUAUCCAGAAACUUUUGAGGCCAUCGGGGUGCUCGACUACGAUGACUGGUUGAACCCCAAGAGAUUCGAGUACAAGCCCCAAGAAUUCAGGGACUACGACGUCGACGUGGAGAUCAUCGCAUGCGGCGUUUGUGGGUCUGACAUUCAUGCUGCUAGUGGAAACUGGGGCCGCCCAUAUGCGCCCGUAGCCGUUGGUCAUGAGAUCGUUGGCAAAAUCGUCAAAAUCGGGCCAAACGCCAAAGAGGGAUUGAAGUUGGGCGACCGUGUUGGCAUUGGUGCGCAAUGUGACAGCGACGGCACAUGUGUUGCGUGUGAACAGAACUUGGACAGCAACUGCAGAAAGUCCGUUGGGACUUACUUCGGCACGUACCCGGAAUCUGGAGUCAACACUAUCGGUGGCAAUGCUUCUCACAUCAGGGUCAACUCGAAGUUCGCAUUCAAGAUCCCAGACUCCUUGGAAACCGAGUAUGUUGCCCCUCUUCUCUGCGGCGGCAUCACGGGCUUCUCGCCUCUUUUGCAAGCCAAGGUCGGCAAGGGCACAAAGGUCGGCAUAUCUGGAAUUGGCGGUAUUGGCCACAUGACCAUUCUAUUCGCCAAGGCCAUGGGCGCCGAGGUUUACGCCAUCUCGCGUUCCCACUCCAAGGAAAAACUCGCCAAAGAGCUCGGCGCUGACCACUUCUGUGCUACUGAAGAUGAUGAUUUUGUCGAGAAAUUCAGUGACACCAUUGAUCUUUUGGUGAAUACGAGCAGCUCGUUCAAGGGCGCUUCUUUUGACAAGACGUUGUCCAUGAUCAGGCCAAGAGGCAAGAUGAUUUUCAUUACUGCCCCACCAGCCGACGAGAGUCUCACCCUCCCACCUAUGACGAUGCUUUUCAACAAUUUGUCGGUGCAAGGAUCUGCCAUUGGGCCCGUUGAUGAGAUUCAAUACAUGCUUGAAUUUGCUGCGGAGCAUAAGAUCAAGCCAUGGGUGGAGACCGUCGAUAUCUCCGAGGAUAACUUGGGUAAGACCUGGAAGAGAACCGAGGAUGGAGACGUCAAGUUCCGGUUCACGAUGGUUGGCUACGACAAGUGCUUUAAGAAGUAG